GUGCGUCGCGGUGACAACGGGCGUACGGCAUGCGGGCCAAGGGCAACACCCUGACGUACACGCGGCGUUUCCUCGCCGACCUGAACGGCAACGGCCCUCUGGGGUGUUUCCGCAUGGACAACGCGGGGGAGUUCACGAGUGCUGCCUUCGUCGCGUUCUGCGACGCCGCUGGCAUCCGGCGCGAGUACACCGCGCCCGACACCCCGAAGCAGAAUGCGGUCGUGGAAAGCGCCAUCUGGCGAGCCAUGAAGGGGGGCCACGCCGCCCGCCGCCACGUCCUCUCCAUGGGCCACUUCGACCUCGCCUCCAUCCCCGGUAUGGACGCCAACGGACACCGGCUGUGGCUUGCAUCGGCGAUCUGGGCCUCCGGCUGCUUCAACCGUUCCGCGACGUCGGCCAACCUGGCCUGGGUGUCGCCGUUCGAGGGCUUCUUCGGACGCAAACCGCCGCUCAAGGUCGUCCCCUUUUUCCACCGCUGCCGCACCGCCACCGCCAUGGACAUCGCGGACGUACACCCACACCCCGCCCACAGCGACUACCGCUACGCAGCCGCCCGCUUCACCGCCGCCAGCUUCUCCGUCGAUCUUCACAGGGUCCGGAGCUCCGUCGCCGAUAUCCACGGCGUCGUCGAGUGCACCGCCGUCCACCGCAGCCACGCCGCCCCGUCCACCGCCGACACCACCGCACGCAGGCGCCGCCGCUCCCGCUCCCCAUCGCCCGCUGCUUCCACAGCGAGCCGCCAGAGAGUUGGGCGAGAAGGAAACCAGGGUGGCGGCACCGCUCUCCAACACCGCCUUGGGCUGCUAUCGAUGAUGGGCAAGAAUGCGCUCGUCUCGUCGCUCGCCACCCGGGAAGCCGUCGACCAAGGACGUCGAGACCUGCCACCGUUCGCCAACAUCGCCCCUCCCGCUCCCCCACCGCCGCAAGAUACGAGUUUAGCAGGCCAUCGGAGCGGGGGGGCCGCAGGAGCUGGGGGGCCGGGGGGCCUGCACAUGUUCGCAGCAAUGUUCGCCACCCGCGAGGAUGUGGAAGCCACUCUUCGUGCCAAGCGCCCUCCUGACAAGACGCCGGACCUUCCUCACUGCCUCGCCAGCGACCUCCGAGUGCCGAAAACGUUCAAGGAGGCCAUGCGGUCUCAACAUUCAGAGUUGUGGGAUGAUGCAGUCGGUCGUGAGUUUUUCGGUCUGCUGGAUGCAGGGCUUNUUCCUCACUGCCUCGCCAGCGACCUCCGAGUGCCGAAAACGUUCAAGGAGGCCAUGCGGUCUCAACAUUCAGACUUGUGGGAUGAUGCAGUCGGUCGGGAGUUUUUCGGUCUGCUGGAUGCAGGUACUUUCAGUCUGGUGUAG